CUGAAGAGGAGGCAGAAAAGAGCACUGACAAGAGCGGCUGAGGGCGGCCCCAGAAGAAAUGGCGCUUGGAGCUGCUAGAUCGGCUCUGCAUUCUCUUUCAGAAUUGAGCCUUCUGUUUCGAUCCCAGGAUACAAGCCAGGCACAUGGGCAAACGCGCACUUUGCAGCCUAAACAGGGCCCCCUAUGGCCGUCGUGUGGAAUCCGCAAUGCAGUCACGAAAGAAGAUGCCGCUACCACCAUGGGCAAGACAGAAAAGCGGGCGGUGCAGUUUCGGCCCUGCAUAGACAUUCAUAAGGGCAAAGUAAAGCAAAUUGUGGGCUCAACUCUCAAGGACCUGGACGGCCCAUCUUCGUCCGCGUCCGAGCCCGUCACCAACUUCGAGUCGGAGAAGUCAGCCGCUGAGUUUGCGUCUCUGUAUCGAGAGGAUGAACUGACAGGGGGCCAUGUCAUCAUGCUAGGUGCCACCCCCGAGAGCCAACGGGCGGCGCUCGAUGCGGUGCGAGCUUAUCCCGGCGGGUUGCAAGUCGGCGGGGGCAUCACUCCCGACAACGCAGCUGCGUACCUGGACGAAGGGGCCAGCCACGUCAUCGUGACGUCGUACGUCUUCCGGGACGGAACGGUCGACCGAGAGCGGCUGCAAAAGCUGCUGCGAGUCGUGGGGAGACAACGGCUGGUGCUGGACCUGAGCUGUAGGAAAAAGGACGGCUUGUAUCACGUGGUGACCGACCGGUGGCAGCGCUUCAGCGACCUGGCGCUGACGCCGCAGUCGAUUGCGGAGCUGGCGCAGUCCGCGGACGAGUUCCUGGUGCACGGGGUGGACGUCGAGGGCAUGAGGCUUGGCAUCGACGAGGAACUGGUGUCGCUGCUUGGGGAGCUCUCGCCGAUACCCGUGACGUAUGCUGGCGGCGCGCGCAGCCUCGCAGACCUCGAAGUCGUGAAGGCGGCUGGGAAGGGUCGGGUCGACAUAACGGUCGGAAGCGCUCUAGAUAUUUUUGGCGGCGAUUUGCCGUAUCGGGAUGUUGUGAAUUGGCACCGAAAACAGCUGCGAUGAGCCCUGCUUUUCUUUAGAAGGCUGCGAUCCAAAGUGUUGCGCCAAGUAAUACAUCGUAGAUUCCGAGUGACGUACUGACGGGCGAGCGAACUCAAUAUAUCAUACGCAACUUCGAGUCCUCUUACGCCGGUGCCUUGUGUGUUGCACGCACGGUCCAUGAUACGGAUAAGGUAAGAUUCGACAUAUUGCAGGCUGCCGGGCGCGCCGGC